AUGUCCAGAUUUGGCUACGCACGAACUGGUCGCUACGCCUGCCCACUAGCUCCGUGCGGGUGCAGCGAGCUCUUGCAUUACGCUGACCUCAAGAUUGUUGGUGUUCCUGGGCCUCCCGGGGUGAUCCGAGUGGAUGAGAUCGGGGACUCAUGGGUGAAGUUAUUAUGGACUGGAGGGUCAGAGCAUAACAGCCCCAUCCUCUCCUACACCAUCCAGACCAGACACUUCUGGUCCCUGAAUGAAGACGACUGGAAGGACGCCAAAACUUCUCCAACCUUUCUGGAUGGCCAUUCUGAGAAGGCAGAAGUCACAGAACUGUACCCCUGGAUGGAGUAUCAGUUCAGGAUCAUCGCCACCAACGAGUACGGCUCCGGGGAGUCCAGCAUCCCCUCCCUCAAGAUCAAAACCUGGGACGCUCAACCAGUGGUUUCUCCCACUGAUGUGGAGGGUUACGGAGGUAGAAAUGGUGAGAUCGUCAUCACAUGGACUCCUGUGGAGCCUUGGUAUUUCUCCGGCAAAAAGUUUGGCUACAUCGUGGCAUUCAAGCCUCACGACGCGUACGACUGGUGGUACGAGACCAUUUCGGACCCCGAGACGAGGCGGUACGUUCACAGGGACUCUUACUUCAUUCCCACAGAAGAAGAUUUCCAGGUCAGAGAGUUUCAGGUGAAGAUCAAGUCUUUCAACGCGAAAGGAGAUGGACCAUACAGCCUCACCAAGGUCAUCUACUACCCAAGAGAUGUACCGAUAGAGUCUCCAACAGAUAUCUACGCCAGGCCUGUUUCCUCCACUGAAGCUGUGGUCUGGUGGUUGCCUGUGAUGGACACUGGUACCGGCCUACAGCAGUACAUUGAGGGAUACCAGGUGAAAUACUGGAGAAAGUACGAUGAUCCGGAGCCAGGAGCACACCGUAUAUUUGUUUCAGCCUCACUGAACCAGACCCGGUUGGAGAACAUGCUGCCCGACUCUCACUACCUUAUCGAGGUCCGGGCCUUCAAUGGAGCUGGCCUCGGACCCCCUGGGGAACACUGCGAGAUGUUCACAAAGAGAGCACCCCCACCAGACCCUCCCAGGAUGUGGCGCUAUGUUACCUGGACAGGACAGUGGUUGUAUGUGUGGUGGGAACAUAUCUCGUAUGACUGGUUUGGCGAUAUUUCCUUCCCCCUUUACUACAAGGUUAUGUUCAGAAAGACAGGCUACAUCUAUGGGAAAGUCUAUAUGACUGGCUGGCACUUCAUGGACUUCCCCAUGCCUCAGAUGGGAGACUUUGAGCUGUUGGUAUGCGGACGUUAUGAAGGAGGGGAUGGCCCAGUCAGGAUGAUUAGUAUCAAGGGUGAAGCACCAACCAUCACACCCACUCUAAGCCUGGCGUCUAUGGUGCUGCUGGCGCUCGGCAUUGUGGGAUUGGAAAUUUAAGCUCUGCCUCAAGUGACAUGUGUAUAUAAUAGACUCUGGGAAGUACAUUUGAAUAGAAGGGAUCCAGUUUUCACUUCCAAACACUCUGAUAGUGGUUAAAAUCAUGUGUCAUGCAUCUGUUCUGUUGCAACAGGAAGUUGUUUUUCACCAAAAAAAGCAUUGGGUGUUGAACCCAACACGUAGUAAGGAUGUGCUUCAUCUCCUAAAUGAACACAACUGUGCUGUAUAACUGAGUAAGACUUCUGUACUGGAUGAUAUGAGAAAAUCUAAAUAAACUAUGUCUUACCCAUUUUUCAAGCCAAAACGAAUGAACCAAUAAUAUUUGUUAGAUUAUGUGAUUAAGCUCAAAAUGUGUUCAUAUAGAAAAAAGCAUCCAGGAUCCAGAUGUUGAAACUGGAAAGCGGUGCCAAGGUAGAAUUUAACACAUCCAUUUCUCACAGGGUCAAGCAAUGAAAAGCGCUGUAUGAUAAUCACUGCAUUUGGAAUGAGCAGAGAAUAAUGUGUGACUGUGUUUAGAUUUUAUGUAAUUCACCCUUUUUUGUAGCACAUACAAUAUCACAUAUUUUAAACAAACUUAUUCUUCAUAAUCUCUUUUGUUCAUCUCUUAAGUACAUUUUUUUCUACAGGCUCCAUGGUGCUGUAUUACAGAUACAUAAGAUGCUUGCUAAAUUGUUCAUUUAAAUCUCCAUCCUCACUAGUGUCAUAUGCAUAGACAAUUUAAGAGUUAUGAGUUCUCGCUGCAACAAUGAAAGCCAUAUCACUUUGAAUGAAGCCAGGGUUGGAAGAAAUAUCCGUAUAUCACAUAUAUGUAUAUGCUAAGUUCCUUUAUGUCAGGCUGCAAAACCAUUAAACAGAGUAUAACAAUCUG